GGUGUUGUGCGUCACCCUCCUAGAACCGAGCGCGCUUAUAUAGAGGAACACACUUAGACGCUCAAACACACUCACACUUUUCUCCCUCCUCUAAAACGACGGACAACAGACACUCACAGCCAAGAUGAGACUGUACCUUGCAGUUGCCGUGCUGAUGCUGGCUUUUGUCGCAUACACAGAGGCUCAGGAAGAGGAGCAGACCAUCGAGCAGAGGUUCGCUCAAUUUGGCAACCAGAUGGCUGAAGUGGGCAGGAACCUGGCUGAUAAGGCCAAGACGACCUUUGAAGAGAUCAAAACCAGCAAAAUCGCAGAGGAUUCACAGGACUGGUUCCAGAGGCAGAUUGAGGCUUUGAAGCAGAGGUUGGCGUAAAUGAACCAGUAUACACGUCACCAUCUCGAGCCUACAACCCGCCCUCCGCCCCUACUUCGGACCGCUGACCUCUUCAAAUGGACACAUUGCUAUGCUCACCAAAUUCAAUUGUUACCUUGCCUCUCUGUGAAGAGAUGUUUAAUAUAAUUAGAAAAUAAUCCUUUUGAAAAAACAAAGUGGAAAAAGUGCAAUAAAGAUAUUAAAAAACUUUUUUUUUUUAA